AGAACCGACCAUGCCACGCACCCGAUUCCCACCGGAAAGGAGCGCGGCCGCCGAGGGAACCGCCUUUCCCGGUCGCCGGUGCCGCACCGCCGUCGGACUGCGGCGGUUUCGGUUCCACUAGGCGCAAACCUCCGACGAGAAGCAGCCUUUCGCAAAUUUGAAUUCGCCCCCGGAGAAAAUGACAUCGCCGAACGAGAUUUCAAGAAAAUCAAGGAAAUAUCACCAGCAAGAUUUCUUGCGCGCGACCCUUUCUUUCCCCAGCCACUAUCGACGAUUCGUUACGUACGCUUCAGUGAAACCCCCACCAUAAAACCCCGGGAAGAAGACCAGGAGAAGGAGAGAAGAUGCGGAGGGGGGGUUGAAUGAAGAACAGGCGCGGCCGCUGGUGCGAGAAACUAAAGAUAUUUGAUUUUUCAGCCGGGAAAGAUUUGACACCCUCGAUUCGAUACUCUCUCUUUGAUCCGAAGGCGGUUGUGGAUUCCAAUGGGUAACAUGAUACGAGGAAGAUCCUAUUGUGAGGAUUUGCCUGCUCCUUCAAAGAGAUACUCUGAUGCUGAAGGACGGGAAAAUGAUCGACAAUUGGAAUAUCGAAAAGAGGUUGAAGCACGUGAUGAGGUGGGAAAUGCUAAUUCACGUUGCAGCCCAGGAGAAAAAUCACGGUUUGAUGAUGAUGAUGUGGAUAUACUACACCUAGAAGAUGAAUCUGUGCUUGAUGGGGAAGUUGGCAAGAGGUUUAAUCAGAUGGUCCCUGUUCCUCAUGUGCCUAAAAUUAACGGUGAAAUACCUUCUAUAGAAGAAGAGGUGUCAGAUCAUCAAAGACUUAUAGACAGGUUACGGUUAUAUUUUCUCGUUGAAAAUAAAGUCCAGGGAGAUGGUAACUGCCAGUUUCGUGCUUUAUCAGACCAACUGUAUCGAUCACCUGAGCACCACAAAUUUGUGAGGCAUCAAAUUGUUAGUCAGUUGAAGUCAUGUCCAGAGAUGUAUGGUGGCUAUGUCCCAAUGGCCUUUGAUGACUAUUUAAAGAAAAUGAGCGAGAUUGGAGAAUGGGGUGAUCAUGUCACAUUGCAAGCUGCUGCUGAUUCUUAUGGAGUCAAGAUUUUUGUGAUCACUUCUUUUAAAGAGACAAGCUACAUUGAGAUCCUUCCACGUAUUCCAAAGUCCAAACGAGUCAUUUUCUUGAGCUUCUGGGCAGAGGUGCACUACAACUCAAUUUAUCCUGAAGAAGAGCUGCCCGAGCCCAAGUAAGUGGUGGCAGGGGUUGUUCUGAAAUUAUGCUCGACCAUCCUCGUCAUACUUGGAUCAUCCUUUAUGUUUUGUAAAUUGGAGCUCUAUUACUUUCUCCAUGCUUUAUGUUCGGAUCAGAGGUCCAUUGCGACGGCUCUGCCGUAUCUCGUGCAUUCAUAUAUACCCCAGGCACAAUGAAGUUACAUGUAGGAUUUAGCCAGUGACGAUGGCGUUCUCUCAGUUUCUCUCUCUGUACAUAUUUUUCCUCUGAGCUCUCAAGACUUUUGUUGGUCACCUUCUAUUUCAUCUUUUGUAAACAGUUGGGGGAGAGGGGCUGCGAUUCACAUUGGUUUUGUGGGUAUUCUCUUGUGCUAGCUUUUGGUCUUUUCACA